GAACCUACUAUUAUCAUGUACACUUACCUGUAUAACUUUGCAAAGGGGAAGCAAGCCUUGGGUCAACACUUGUUCUUGGCUUGGGCUGGAUGGGUAUGCACUUGGACGGCUCUCUUGUUGUUUCUUCUUGCAAUUUUCAAUGCAUGUGUUGUUAUCAAUCGGUUUACGCGGAUCGCAGGCGAAACUUUUGGGAUGUUAAUUGCCGUUCUUUUCAUUCAAGAGGCCGUAAAGGGACUAGUGAGCGAGUUCAAAGUUCCUAAAAACGACGACCCAAAUAAAGCCAAGUAUCAAUUUCAAUGGCUUUACGCCAACGGUUUGUUGGCGAUUGCAUUCUCGUUUGGCCUUUUAUACACGGCUUUAAAAAGCAGGAAAGCAAGAUCGUGGUGGUUUGGAACAGCGCGAUUCAGAAAUUUUGUAGCCGACUACGGGGUUCCAUUGAUGGUCGUAAUGUGGACGGCCCUCUCUUUCAGUGUACCAAGCAAAGUCCCUUCCGAUGUUCCAAGAAGGCUCUUUAGUCCACUCUUAUGGGAAUCUGAAUCCGCAUAUCAUUGGACUGUAAUCAAGGAUAUGGGUAAGGUGAGUCCAACGUACAUCUUUGCAGCCUUCAUCCCGGCUCUGAUGAUAGCCGGGCUUUAUUUCUUCGAUCAUAGCGUUGCUUCACAGUUGGCUCAGCAAAAAGAAUUCAACCUCAAGAAUCCUUCAGCGUAUCACUACGACAUUCUUUUGCUUGGGUUCAUGACAUUGCUGUGUGGAUUGUUAGGACUGCCUCCUUCAAAUGGUGUCUUGCCUCAGUCACCCAUGCACACUAAAAGCCUUGCUGUUCUUAAGAAACAGUUUAUCCGAAAGAAGUUGGUUGCAAGUGCCAAAGAAAGCAUAAAGCAGAAAGCGAGCAAUUCCGAGAUCUACAACAAGAUGCAAACCGUUUUCAUAGAAAUCGAUAGCUCUCCAAUUACAACGGCAGUCGUUAAAGAACUAAAAGACCUGCAGGACGCAGUGAUGAAAGUUGAAGAAGACACGAAAUUAGGGAAGUUCGAUCCCGAGGAACACAUCGACGCCCAUUUACCGGUUCGUGUUAACGAGCAAAGGGUCAGCAACUUAUUGCAGUCACUUCUUUUAGCAGCAUCUAUAACUGCUAUGCCCUUAAUAAAGUUGAUUCCAACUUCACUUUUAUGGGGAUAUUUUGCAUAUAUGGCCAUUGAUAGUCUUCCUGGAAACCAGUUCUGGGAAAGGAUCUUACUGCUAUUUGUACCCUCUGGAAGGAGAUACAAGGUUCUGGAGAAGGUUCAUGCUUCAUUUGUGGAGUCAGUGCCAUUUAGAAGCAUUGCUAUAUUCACAAUCUUCCAAAUUAUGUAUUUUUUGGUAUGUUAUGGUGUGACAUGGAUUCCGAUCGCGGGUAUACUCUUUCCCGUGCCGUUCUUCCUUCUCAUCAGCAUACGGCAACACAUUCUACCCAAGUUAUUCCAACUACACCACUUGAGGGAACUCGAUGCAGCCGAGUAUGAAGAAAUCGCGGGUAGUCCAUCACGAGCUCCAAGCUUAAAUCUCAGGGAAAUGGAUAGUGGUUAUGGUGGGAGCAAUGAAGGUGAAGUGACGAUGUGUGAUGCUGAAAUACUCGAUGAACUUACCACGAGCAGAGGGGAACUAAAGGUUCGAAAUCUUAGCUUCAGAGAAGAUAGACGCACCCAGCAAAUUUACCAUGGAGACUAUAUCCAACCUGAAUGAACCAAGCUUCAAAGUAUCAUGAUGUUGUCC